GUGGAAACUGGCAAAGGAUCGAUAUUUCCAGCAACCUUCCAUGAGACUACAAAAGGUCCUGAUGCAUACAUUCGACGCAUUCGAGAACGGGCUUCUUUAAGGGACCUCAAUUGGAAGAAUAGAUUCCUUGAGACAUAUGAUACUGAGUCUGACCAAUUCAUUAUUGCUCAUGUUUCUAGGGGUAAAAAAUAUUUGAAAUAUAUUGAAUCAUUGCGAAACAAAUCUGACGAGGAACUCUGUAAUACUUAUUUCACUGUUCCGGUUCAAGCGAUUCCUCAUAACAUACGUGAAAUAAGAAGUGAUUUGGAAGAGCUAUUCCAAGUUCCAGACCGGGAAAUGGUAUUUCCAUCCAAAAGACCUCGAAUAUUUUUUAGAUCCACUAGUGGGGGUUGGACCAUGAGAACCCUUGAACAUAUGCAAAUAAUCAAGAGAACCGCUGACGAGAGAUGAGGCUGGUCCAAGGAGAUGCAAUAUUCAAUACCCAACUAAACUUUGAUUAAACAUCGUGAUAAUAUGUGAUGUAUUACUAUUUUAAUAAUAAUGUCGC